UGUGGGCGGGAGUUUUAAAUUCCCGGUCAUUGUGAGCCGCUGUUUUCAGUUCGUGCUCAGUAACGACCAGUUUACACAGAACAUGCUAGUGAUAAAUUAACAUAGAAGAGCUUUUAAUCUGUUUUCUGUUUUUUUUAGUUAUUUCAUCGACGUUUUAAAUGUAGAGUUUUAAUCGAACAGCUCGUGUCUGCCCAACACAUUUCCACCAAUAAACGGGCUGUCAGUGGAAAGCAAUGGAUGUUGGCACAGUUGUGCAGGAAGAAAUUAAAUUUCGUGGUGCUGAAUUUGCCAUCAAGCUCGAGCUGGCAGAGCGGUUACUAGUCGUAGAGAUUUCAGAUGUGGUUACAGCGGACCAGUGGAGAGGAGAGUUCGAUCCAGCCUAUAUUGAGGACCUGACCCGGAAAACUGGGAAUUUUAAACAGUUUCCAGUAUUCUGCAGUAUGCUUGAGUCUGCUGUCAACAUGUCCGGUGAAUCGGUGACCCUUGACCUCUUGACCUAUUCUGACCUCGAGCUUCUGCGGAACAGAAAGGCAGGUGUAGUUGGCCGACCUCGUGCUCAGCCACAGUCUCCUGCCCUCAGUGCUAAACGAUACCUCAUCCUUAUCUACACUGUGGAGUUUGACAGGAUACACUAUCCUCUUCCACUUCCAUAUCUUGGCAAACCUGAUCCUGCAGAGCUUCAAAGAGAGAUCAGAGCUCUGAGGUCCGAGCUGAAAACACUGGGACUGAGAGGAGGCCACAAAGUAUCAGACCAGGAAACACGCAAGCUCCGUGCAGAGUUGGCUUUGGUGAGAGAUGAAAAGGAAGCCUUGGCCAAGGCUCUGGAUCGUCUACAGAUGGUAGGUGCCGGUUCUGCUCCUGGGGCCCGUGGGCUCAGAGAGGCGGUGCACAGCCUGGAGGAACAGCUUCUAAAGGAAAGGGCAAAAAGCCAGUGCUCUGCAAGCAAGAGGAGCCAAGAACAGCGCCUCCUUCUGGAACAGCUGGAGGAACUCGGGGCAUCAGAACGGGCUCUACGGAUACGUGUUAAAAGUCUGACCACUGAGCUGGCCUUGUUACGACGCGUUCGAGCAACUCCAGUCAUGUCUGGCCGAAGUGGGCUUAGGGGUGAUGGGGAGGUUCAUCGGUCUUUAUCCAGAGAGCGCAGUUUGACUCGUGUGGGUGUAAGAGCACGCUCAGGGUCGAGGGAGAGGAUGGAGGACAAGGCUCGGAGGUCAGAGGAGAGAAUUAAGAGAGCAGACUCUUCAGGGUCUCGGAAUUACAUCACAAGACCCUCACCAUCUCCGACAGGGUCUCGAGUGUCUCGGUUUGACCCUACGGCCUACAUUCAAGACCGACAACGACGCCAAAAAGAGGCUGAGAUGAAUAAUACAGUUUACGUUGAAAGUCAGAGGAAGAUUAGAAGGGAUAGGUUAGCUUCACCGUCUCUGAUGGAAAGAGGGCGUUCACGCUCCAGAGAGCCCAUUCCUCAGCUGAUGCGAGCAGGAAGUGCUGGCAGGAGGAGGAGUGUGUCUGUGGAGAGCAGGAGGAGUCGGUGCUCUUCAGAAGGAUCAGUAGCUGAGUUUGAAGAGCUCGCUAAGCCUCUGAAUAGCAGAGGAAGGAAAUUGGCAUAUAAUGGUGCAGCUGUGUCCAGAGGAAGACACAUAAACAAAAAAACAAUGUAUAGUACCCCGGCCCAAAGGAUAAGAGCGGCAGACACAUCUAUUGACACGGGUGCUGACCUGUCAGAGAUUGAUGCUCGACUCCAGGCCCUGCAGGACUACAUGCGGGACCUUGACACGGGACACUAAUCCUGGUGGAUUCAGAUGUCGAUCAAGGCUCUUUGCACAAAGACUGAGACUGAAAAUCUUGGACAAUCAUUUCUUUCAAACACUCUGUACAGACGUGUCUAACAUUUAUACUAGUUAUGAAUGUCUGUCAUUUAUAACUAAUGAGACUUGAAUGGUGUUUGUUUUCUUUAUCCCUAAUGUAACUUUUGGGCUUGACUCAAAAUGUAGUUAUGUGGGCUUUGUGAAGGGGGUUCUUGAAACUGUUGCCAUAUCAGACUUGAAGUAAACCAGAAGUGUCCAAAAAA